AUGUCCUCCGAUGCGACGACGUUGCCAUCUCCACCAGAUAUACCACCGUGGAAGGGUGCCAGACGUCCUUACUCGGUGGGAAGCAACAUGAAAUCUAACGGACCAGGCUCCAGCCCCGAUUCCUUUCCAAAUGGCACCCCUACACUCUCGCGACGAGCCCGGUUCCCCAACAUCAAGGACCUGCAGGAUCAGGCCGCAGGAUUGAAUGUGAAUGACACUACUUCGCCCAGUGUUUUGCUGAAGACAGCAGCCGAGGCGAUCGAACAAGCCAAGUACCUUGUAGAUGGCCAACCGGACAAGGCCUAUGUCCAGUACCUGCGAGCCUCCGAAAUCACAGUAAAUACCAUUCCUCAUCAUCCGGAAUACCGCACAACCAUUACUCAGCGACCGGGAUGGUAUAAAGAGUUUGCGGAUUUGAUGAUGGCUGUCAGGACCAAACAAGGAUCAAUGGACGCCAUCAAACGACAGAUUAUCGAGGAUAAUUUGGUCAACAACACACAACCCACUGGUUUGUUUGCUGCGAGGUCCCCAGAACAUCAAGCUUCCCCCAGUCUAAGGGGACAGGAAAAUGGUGGAUCAGGGACCAACUCGGUUAGAAUGCCGAGUCCGACACAGUUCCAUCGGACUGCUGAGCUCCAAGCACAACCCAAACGAUUCUCGAGCCCCGCAGAAGAUAUGCUUGCGCAACGUUUUGCCAAGCUCAAGGCAUCUCAGCCUCCUCGCGAAUAUGAGUCGAGUUCCGAUAUGGCUGGUCCCGACGGCUCCACUAUGGGAUCUGCAGGGCAGGUCCCUUCUCAACUAUCAACCCACCCGCCACAGGGACCGUAUAGUUCCCCUCCGUCAAGGCGUCCGCUAGGGCCUCGCAGCAUGGAGUCUUCGCCAAGUGUACCGACCCUUCCUCCGAAGAUUCCUCUAACUUCGUCCCUGCCUCGCGCUCCAGAUCCAGCGUACAGCCCUAUAUUCACAGUGCCCUCACAACCCCCGCCAAAUCCACCCCGGACCUCGACCGAAAGCACACGAUCUGUCAACCCUCGAUACUCCCAAUUUACCAACUCCCCUCGUGGUAGUCCAAGUCGGGGUGGUUUGGAUGACAAUCCGUAUAGAUCACUAACCCCCAACGGUGUUCAUUCGGUGCGAGAGACACGAAGCAAUUCGCCCGACUUGCCUUACCAUUCGGCGAUUACUGCCCAGAGUCUCCUCGAAUAUCUCCGUAAAUUCAACGUGUUGCUGAUUGACAUUCGCCCUCGCGAUCAGUAUGACAGCGGUCAUGUUUAUGCAAAAUCCAUCAUUUGCAUUGAGCCUGUUGUCUUGAAAGAAAACGUGUCCGCGGAGGAGCUCGAGGAGCGACUCGUGGUGUCACCUGAACAUGAACAAGCCUUGUUCGAGAAACGCAAUGAGUUCGAUCUCGUUGUUUACUAUGAUCAGAGCACGGAUUCUGUCAGCUAUCUUGCGGGUUCCCCCGUAGGGACCUCGGCGCCGCACUUGAGAGCUUUGCAUGAUACUUUGUACGAAUUCAAUGCAUACAAACCGCUCAAAGCCGGACGCCCUCCGGCACUUCUUCUCGGUGGCCUUGAUGCUUGGAUUGAUCUUCUUGGGCAGCAUUCGCUUGCCACGUCUUCGACCACAGCAGUUAUGGGAUCCCUUCAAACCAAGAAACCUGUUCCGAAGCCAGGGCGCCCUCUCGGAAGAGUUCCUACCAUGGCUAGCGCAAACUCGAGCCUGGAAGUGCGCAAAAGAAGGCUUCGCGAGUUCACGCCGUUGGAUUCCAAGGAGCUUUCGGAAUGGAUGGAAAAGUCUAAAAACGAGGAGAUUGACACCAGUACCUACGUGGAAGAAGGAGCACUUACAGAAGAACCGCAGGAGGUUGUCGGGGCAGAGCCCUCUAGUCCUUUUGUUCAUACAUACGAGGACUUCCUGCGCCGCUUCCCUGAGCCACAUCACAUCCAGCAGUCGAUGAUGCAUCCUGGCUUUCGCCCAGCUUCGGCACCUGUCCCCAGUUAUGCUGCCCCUAUGCCAGCACCUCCCUCGCGGCCUCCUCCCGCCGUUCCACGGCCCAGUUACAGUGGGGUCUCAGAUGGCCGCCAGAUCCAGCCUCACCUGGAACGUCAGAAUUCGGCCUCCCGUACUGCUUUGUACCCGUCAAGCUCGGCCCUGGCUCGCUUGAAACUUCCGCGGACAGGGCUUACCAAUUUUGGUGUGACGUGCUACAUGAACUCCACCCUACAGUGUCUCAGUGCGACGGUGAUGCUCAGCAAGUUCUUCAUCGACGACCGGUUCCGGUACUAUGUACAGAAGAAUUGGAAGGGGUCACAAGGUGUCAUGCCCGGACUCUAUGCGAAUCUGAUCCGAUCGUUGUGGAGAAAUGAUGUCGAGGUGAUCAUGCCCACCUCGUUCCGAAAUUUCUGCGGCCGUUUGAACCGGGAAUGGGCCAUUGACCGACAGCAAGAUGCCAAAGAAUUCUUUGACUUUGUGGUGGAUUGCCUGCACGAGGACCUUAACAUCAACUGGCAACGCACACCGCUACGGCCCUUGACCUUUGCGGAGGAAAUGCAGCGGGAGCGAAUGCCUGUCCCCCGCGUGUCGAGAAUCGAAUGGGACCGAUACUGUCACCGGGAGGAAUCCUUCAUUUCGUCCCUGUUUGCCGGGCAACAUGCCAGUCGGCUGCGCUGCACAACGUGCCGCCAAACAUCGACAACCUACGAAGCAUUUUAUAGCAUCAGUGUGGAAAUCCCACCCUCCGGCACGGGGGACCUAUAUCAGUGUCUCCGCAGCUACUGCCAGGAGGAGAUGCUCAGCGGCGACGAGGUGUGGAAAUGCCCGCACUGCAAAUGCAAACGCAUGGCCACCAAGCAGAUCAUCAUCACGCGUGCGCCACAAAUCCUGGUGGUCCACUUCAAGCGCUUCUCCGCAUCCAAGACCCAGAGUGCGCGCAAGAUCCACACCCCCAUCGAGUUCCCCUUACACGGGCUGCGUAUGGACGACUUUAUCAUCUCAUACCCUAACGCGGCUCCACCCCCGGACGCCGGGGCUGCUCCACCCACUACGGGCGCCACCGUGCCGCCGUUCACCUACGAUGCUUUUGCAGUACUCCGACACAUUGGAUCGUCGAUGGGCAGCGGGCACUACAUCUCGCUCGUGCGCGAUGCAGAGCGCCUGUGCUGGCGGCGAUUUGAUGAUGAACGAACCACUGACUUCAAUCCACGAGAUCUGCGAGCGCGAGACCGGAUGCAGAACGAGCAGGCCUACAUUGUGUUUUAUGAGCGAGUGCCAGCGAAAUAA